CACGUUUGAAAGUGCCAAGACGUCGACGACUACCAUGACAACUGAACCGCCCCUGAUGCCGCCCAUGCCCUCGGCGCUGACCUUUAAGCUGGUUGCACGGUGCUCUACUACAAAGGCACGUGCAGCCACGCUUGUCCUCCCUCAUGGCCCUGUUCAGCUGCCCCUCUUCAUGCCCGUUGCGACGCAGGCGUCUCUUAAGGGCCUUACGCCAGAGCAAUUGGAAGAGACAGGCUGUCGACUAUGUUUGAACAACACCUACCAUCUAGGUCUCAAGCCUGGUCAGGAGGUGCUUGAUACCAUCGGCGGGGCACAUAAACUGCAGGGCUGGAAACACAACCUCCUUACUGACAGCGGCGGCUUCCAAAUGGUCUCCCUCCUCGAGCUCGCCACCAUCACCGAAGAAGGAGUCCGCUUCCUCUCCCCCCACGACGGCUCCCCCAUGCUCCUCACCCCCGAACACUCCAUCAGUCUCCAAAACACCAUCGGCUCCGACAUAAUCAUGCAACUCGACGACGUCCUCGUGACCACCUCCCCCGACACCGCCCGCAUGCGCGAAGCCAUGCUCCGCUCCAUCCGCUGGCUCGACCGCUGCAUCGCCGCGCACGCGAAGCCUGAGUCCCAAAACCUCUUCUGCAUUAUCCAGGGCGGGCUGGAUCUGGAUAUGCGUCGCGAGUGCUGCGAGGCGAUGGCGGCGCGCGGGACGCCAGGGAUUGCGAUUGGAGGGCUUAGUGGGGGGGAGGCGAAGGCGGAUUAUUGUCGCGUCGUGGAUGCGUGUACGGGGCAGCUUCCGGAGAAUAAGCCGCGGUAUGUGAUGGGGAUUGGGUAUCCUGAGGAUCUGGUGGUGAGUGUUGCCUUAGGAGCGGACAUGUUUGACUGCGUGUGGCCGACGCGGACAGCGCGAUUCGGGAACGCGGUGACGGGGAAGGGGGUGCUGAAUAUGCGGCACGCGAGGUAUGCGGAUGAUCUUGGCCCGAUCGAGGAGGGGUGCGGCUGUAGGUGUUGUAGGGAGGGUGAGGGGGGACUGGGGGUGACGAGGGCGUUUGCGCAUCAUCUCGCGGCGAAGGAGACGGUGGGGGCGCAUCUGUUGACGAUUCAUAAUGUGUGGUAUCAGUUGGAGCUGAUGAGGGGAGUGAGGCAGGCGAUUGUGGAGGAUAGGUAUCCGGCGUUCUUGAGGCGGUUUUUUUCGGACCUGUAUGAGGGGGAUAAGGAGAGGUAUCCGGAGUGGGCGGUGGAUGCGUUGAGGGGGGUGGGUGUGGAUCUUAUGGGGCCGGAGUGAGGGGUGGAGUUCUCAUGGGUCUGGCGGCAGGACGGGUGGUAGUGUUGCGGGGUAUGCUUCCGGGCAUAUUGAGGCCAUUGGAGGUUUGCAAAUAGCCAGUAGAUCUCAUUGUUGCUUGAAGGGUUUAGAGUAGCUGUGAUCAGAAUAUCAAAAUAGCAGCCCCCAACCGCUUAAAGCUAUAUUCCGGAUCGUGGAUCCGACCUCCAAGUUUCGGCCCCCGGCUAAUCAGGGGAUGCGGGCGAGAUUUUCUUGCCGAUGCCCCUUAAAGUCGAUUCAUUGUUUUCCGGCUGAAGAGCUAAAACAUGAUUUGAUUUACGGUUCUUUUCCUCGGUGAGACGGCAAUAAUAAUUGUUUUCCAAUCAUGACCUUCAACGUGGUUUGUUCUCGGCGAGAUAUUCAACAGCCGAGCGACGUUUUGGGAAUAAUUGGGCCUGAUGCACGGUUCUUCUCCUCGGCGAGAUAUUGAACAAAAAAAUAGGGUAGUAUUUUCGAAAAUCUCGGCGUCGGCGUGGGGGCCGCCUCGAAAUUACCACUAUCUGCCUG